AUGCACGGUGACGAGGAAGAGAUUGCAUUGAAGGAACCGACAGUUACCCAGCCAGCACCUCACGAUUGGCUGCGGGAUUUUCUGAGUCCCGACUCAACCCUUCAUUCGUCUAGAAAAGCCAGACCGGAUGGCAGAGAUAUUUGCCUUCGCCGUGUCCGCUUUUGGUGGAAACAGGUCGACCGUUUGAGGAAGUUCUACAUCACCCACAUGGUUAAAUAUCGACAAUCGCUAUCAUACCAUUCCGCUGAUCACUUGCCACCUGGCCUGAAGGAGACAUAUACGAUAGCAUGUUACGCAGACUGCAGAUGGUCUGUCGGGGAACUUGUGUCUCCAUUGCUCAAUUCCUCUGAAGAGGGUGAAGUUUCUGCCGAGAGAUUUUAUCAUGCAGUGUUAGCUCGGACCCUCGAUACAAAGGCAUUGCAGGGUCUUGCAAUCUUUGCAGAAAUUGAAGAUUCCGAGAUUGGAGGCCACACAUAUGACCAAUUUAUCAAGAUGUGGUCUGAAAAUUCCGAUCGCACUCUGCAAGAAAGUGUUGAGGUGCUUGAAAUAUUUGAUUACACAUCAAAUUUUCUUCUAUUGAAAAUCUUUGACUGCCCUGGAGAGCAUCUAGAUUGGGUAGACGAUAGACAAAAGUCUGAUCUUAUGGAUGACGGUGAAACCUUUCUCGGCAACUGGAUGGAUUUUCACACACGUCUCCAGUCAUUCUUAACGCCACUUGACAUUUUCUCAUUGUUUGAGAAAAAUACCGGAGAGGAAACGAAGUGUUUUAGAGAUUUGGUUACAAACUAUCUGUUAAAACUUUUGUUAAUCAAUGCGGUCGACAGCUACCAAACCGUACCUGGAAUGGCACAGGUCGAACAAGAUUUAGCGAGAAAAUUGGGCGAUAUAAGACCUGGGACAUGGGAGUUUUUCGGAACCAUUACUGGCGCUCCACAAUUAGAGGGCUGGCUUUUAUUGAUACUUUUGAGGACAUCGACAUCGACAAAGUAA